AUGGUCAAGCGACGCACACGAAGCAGUUCGCGGGCAGACGCCACGCUACUUGCCUGUCGGUUUCAAGGCUGUGUAGUUUCUUUUGCUACCGCAGCUGAGCAGAAGAAGCACGAGACGAUACACCAGGCAGAUAAACCAUUAAAGUGCGAUGAAAGUGGUUGCAAUGAACGUUUCGCGACGUCCGUCGACAGGCAAGAGCACACGGGAACAGCGCAUGCGAGGAGGCGAAGCAAGAGACGAAGAUCGGAGAAUCGCGGCGAUGCUCUAGCUCUCGAUGAAGUCCAACCUCAAAAGAACGAGUAUCCGGGGGAAAAGAAUGGCAGCGACUUUGUUGAUAGUAACGUUGUUCAAGAAGCGGAUGAGAUUGUUGAAAAUGCGGUAUAUCUUGCUUCACAGAUGAAAAUUGCGAGGGUAGGUCUCACACCAGCUUUCGUGCGCUUUUCAUGCAUCCUUCAUCAGUGCGAUCUUGCGCAUCCAGCUUCGUUACUGACGCAUCUUCUCUUGGAGUGUUUCUUUUCUAAAGAGCUACGGGAUCGCUGGGUGGGGCGAGGAAGACUUCCAAAAUGCUCAUCAAUGGGCGGUGUGGGUGCAGAAUGCCGUCAAGGAAUUUAG